CUCAAAUACAACACACGAAAUGUGCUGAAUGUGAAAGAAAUAUUAGUAGCAUAUCAAAAUCAUGUCGACAUACACAGCAGUCCACCUUGCAAAGCGGCCUAAAUCCAGGAUUGUCGCUGGGGAAACGUUUGUGACCAAGACGCAUCCGGUGCCAAAAGAGUCGGAUCUCAAGGAUGGGGAAGUCCUGGUUCAGACCAUCUAUCUAGGGCUUGACCCAGCCAUGAGAGGAUGGUUGAACGACGCCCGCUCGUAUGUUCCGCCCGUUCAAAUCGGCGAGGUCAUGCGUGGUUCUGGAAUCGGCGUGGUCAAGGCCUCGAAAUCGCCAUCCUUCCCUAUUGGUACCAAUGUGUCGACCAUGGCGGGAUGGACUGAACUUGCCAUUGUGAAAGAGAAGCACCUGGAAAAGGUUGAGAUCCCACAGAAUGGCAAGUUGACGGAUGCCCUCGGGGUGCUCGGAAUCACGGGUUUGACCGCAUACUUUGGGUUGAUCGAUAUUGGUCAACCCAAACCUGGUGACUUCGUCGUUGUUUCUGGCGCAGCUGGCGCAACUGGAAGUGUCGUAGGCCAGAUCGCGAAGUUGAAGGGUUGCACAGUCCUUGGCCUUGCUGGAACCGAUGCGAAAUGCUCCUGGUUGGUCGAUGAUCUUGGAUUCGACUUCGCUCUCAAUUACAAAGCCCCCAACUUUGCCCAGAUGUUCCGUGCUGCCACCAAAGGUCUGAUUGACAUCUACUUCGACAACGUCGGAGGAGAGAUUCUGGAUAUGGCCCUAGCAAGAGCGAAGCCCCAUGCUCGUUUCGUUAUGUGUGGCGGUAUCAGUCAGUACAAUGAGCCGGUCCAGAAAGGCCCAAAGAACUAUCUAGUCAUCGUGAGCAUGCGGAUUAAGAUGCAAGGCUUCAUCGUUUUUGACUAUCAGGAUCAAUAUCCCCAGGCUCUCCGUGAGCUUGCCCAGUGGAUUUCGGAAGGAAAGAUCAAGCGGAAAGAAACCAUCGUGAAGGGUGGACUCAAAGAAGCGGAGCAGGCACUUAUAGACCUCUAUAAGGGCAUGAAUACAGGAAAGUUGAUGGUUGAAGUCACUCCUGAGUCAAAAGCAAAAUUGUAAUAUCAUUGCAGUUAAGAUAGUUGCUGGAACAUCUAUGCUCCCAUGAAUAAUCAGAGGAUGUUGACGGCGAUUAUCUACAUUGAUAUAUCUAAACCGGUAGUGGGCAGUGAAAGG